AUGCCAAACCCGAUUAGACUUGUAACGCCAGAUAAUACAAAGCCGAUGCACGCAGACCCGGCGCUGAACAAUCUGUUCUGGGCUAAGGCUAUUCGUAAAUGUGCAGAUCACCUCCUGGAGCUGGGUCCGUUCGGGGAGCUGGUGAUGAAUAAUAGGCUUUACAUCCUCCGCGGUCUCGUCGUUGUUAAGCAAUCUUUGCAGUUCGUCGUUGUAGAUGCGCCAGAAGUACUGUUGUCUAUACACCUUCUUAAGGUCCUCGUCGCGUUUUUUGGUCCUAUCGCCGAUCUUCCGCACGAGCGUCCUGUAUAUCUGGCCCAUCUCCGUCUCUUCAGCCUGAUACAAAAAUCCAUACCGGCUUCGGAUCUCCACGAACAAAGCCCUUCGUUCCCUUUCCUACUCGAUGAUCUUAGGAUCAGGAGGGAGCGCGUUCUUAAGGUGUACAGGCACCUUCUUGGGAGCGUGCGGGUCGCAUCGAAUACUCAUGUGGGUAAAGGCGCGAAGACUCUAAAUGUCAUCGUGUUCUCGCUUGGUUAUCGUCUUGCCCCCGAAAAUCCUUUCCCUAUACCAUUUGAUGAUGCUAAUGAUGGACUGAAAUGGGCAUAUGCAAACGCGUCUAAGUACGGCGGGGAUGUAAAGAAGGGCUUCGUGUGUGGAGGCACCUCAUUCGGUGGUCACUUAGCCGCUUUGGCAACCUACCGGGCCCAGAAACUUGGCAUUCUUGUGUCGGGUUGUUUCUCCAGAGCACCGAUGGUCUUGGACCGUUCUGUUGCCAAGGAGGCCUGGAAAGAAACUCUUGAUAUCCUUCCAAAGGAUGUUUAUACGCCUCUCUUGAACUUGAAAACCUGUGAACGUUUCUAUGAAUACAUGGCAAUUCCUCCUAAAGAGCUGACUAGCCCUGCAAAUGACAGCGGCACGGAAGUCCAUCACAGAUGCAAUGACUGGGUUAAGAUGGUUGUUCCGACUCUAAAAGAUUCCUCCAGAGUCUGA